GAUGCAGAACAGGAGGACAAACAAUCUGAAGCGGAAAAUGAGGAAGAUGAGGGACGCUCAGAGACAACCGGACGAUUGUUACACCCUGAUGAUGCCACAAGGAAAUUAGUGACCGGUGAACCAAAAAAAGACAGUCAGAACUCGAAUUCCGCUGUCACUUUGGCUGUUCCAAAAGUGGUCGUGGUUGUGGAUCCCGAGGACCAGGACAAGAAAGACCAUGAGGCUGAAAACAAACAUGGUCACUCGCAUGAUGGGGACAAGAAGAAACACGGCCACGGACAUUCACAUGAGGUAAUGCCAUUUUGUUUCAUCUCCAUAUCCUAUUGGUGGUCUGCUGUUUUGAAUUCCUGCCAUCAGGGUGCUUAA